AUUUGUUUGUCGUUAGAAAUCGUCGGACACAGCCGCAGUGUUUUCUCCGAGCGGGAAUUUAAGUUCAAUUUAGAAAUCCACAAAGUCGGUCAGUAAUAAAUUACAAUUGUUGCAAAUUUGAUGGGCGGUUCGGAGACAAUCAUUUAAUGCGGAAAUAAACUUUGCUCGGUAGAAAGUUUACGGAAAUAUAUUCACUGUGUGUGAGGAUCUAUUGAAAAAUAAACGAGUGAAAAAGAUUAUCCGUCUGUAAUCAAAUACAAGCAAUUAAAAAAAUUAAAAAUUAAAAUAAACCAUCAGCACCAAAAUGUCGCCGAACAGCAAAUUAGAAAAACCAGUCAAUCCCAACGAGCACCUGCAUAUACCAAAGUGGGUGAACGAGGACUAUUUCCUGCCAAUUCUUCAGAAGGAUGUGGAAACCUUUGACAAGGUUUUGAGCUUUACACCCGUUGCGGCCACCGCACCUGGCGAGAACUAUACCUCCAUUAUGAUCCGGGUCAUCGUGGACAUUUUGCUACAGGAUGGCAGCGAGCAGAAAGUCUCGUAUAUUUUAAAAACCAUGCUGGAGGCGGACAGCGGAGCAGAUGUGGUUAAUGGCAUGGGAUUGUUCCCCAAGGAAAGGAAAAUGUACGAGGUGCACAUACCGCAGUUUGUAAAGCUCUACAAGGAGGCCGGCCUGGAAAUUGAGUUGGCACCCAAGUGCCUCCACGUCGACGCCACCGCCGAAUUGAUCACCCUAGUUUUCGAGGAUCUGAGCCGGCAGCACUUCAAGAACUUCGAUCGACUAAAGGGAUUUGACCUGCCGCACAUGCGUCAUGUGCUCCGGAAAUUGGCCGAACUCCAUGCCGCCUCAGUGGUCGCCAGGGAAUUAAAUGGGCCCUACGAUCCCCUGUACUCCCUGUCCAUGUACAACGAACAGAGUCGUGAACUUUUUGAGGCUCUGGGAGAGAUGCGACAGGCGAUGUUCCUCAAGGCGAUGCAACAGUGGGACCUCGAGAAUGUCGAAAAAUACAUCGCGCAAAUGUGGAGCCCCCUUGAAGUGUUCGAAGAAGCCCUGCAUAUCAACAAGGUCGAUGAGACCGAAUUUAAUGUGCUGAACCACGGCGACUGCUGGUCCAACAACAUCAUGUUCAAUUACAAAGACAACGGUGAGAUCGAUAGAACCAUAUUUGUGGACCUGCAGAUAGGCAAGUGGGGCAGUCCGGCCCAGGAUCUUUGGUACCUGAUCACAACAUCUGCAUCGCUGGAUAUCAAGGUCAAGGAAUUCGAUCACUUUAUUCAGAUCUAUCACGAGCGUUUGGCAGAAUGCCUUAAACUUCUGAACUACUCCAAAACCAUUCCCUCUCUCAGGGAUCUGCACAUUAUGAUGCUGAAAUACGGAUUCUGGGGACCCCUAACCGCUAUGGGUGUGAUGGUGGCGACAUUUUUGCCCACUGACAAGGACGCCAACAUAAAGAUGAUGAUGGCCCCAGGACCCGAGGCCGAUGCCAUCCGUUACAGGACCUUUAUAAAUCCCUUUUAUGCUAGGGCCAUGACGCAGCUUCUGCCGUUUUUCCAAAAUAAAGGACUUUUGAAGUCGGCUUAGGUUUUAGUUCGGUUACUCUUUACAAUGUAGCCACUGUACAUUUUGUGUGAUAUCGUAUAUCAUAAGAGACAGCAAUAAAUAAGCAACAUUUAUUUAAUUUAAA